CGCAGGCAUUCUGCAGUUGUUUACGGUGCGGCCCCUCUCACGUUAAACUCAGUCAGUCACUGACACAAACUCUGUCCGCCUGCAGCAUGAAUCCAGAGAACGAAGUUGUUCCAAUGAGGGAAUCCAAAAACCGGGAGGGACAAUCAGGUAGCCCUGGUUUUGAAGAGGAUGGAGAUUUCCAAAAUGAGGACUCCAGCGCUGGCAUGUGUGGCUGCUUGCUGGUCGCCAUGUCCGUCCUCCUCAUGCUGGUGACACUGCCCCUUUCUAUAUGGAUGUGCAUCAAGAUCGUAAAGGAGUAUGAGCGCGCCAUUAUCUUUCGCCUCGGGCGCAUUGUGAAAGGUGGAGCCAAAGGACCAGGCUUGUUCUUCAUCCUGCCGUGCACCGACAGCUUCAUCAACGUGGACAUGCGCACCAUCACCUUCGACAUCCCGCCGCAAGAGAUUUUGACCAAAGACUCCGUGACGGUGAGCGUGGAUGGAGUGGUGUACUACCGGGUCCAGAACGCCACGCUGGCCGUAGCCAACAUUACUAAUGCCGACGCUGCCACCCGGCUGCUGGCCCAGACCACCCUGCGGAACGUGCUGGGCACCAAGAACCUGUCGGAGAUCCUGUCUGACCGUGAGGAGAUCGCACACAGCAUGCAGUCUUCCCUGGACGACGCCACCGAUGCCUGGGGGAUUAAGGUGGAGCGGGUGGAGAUCAAAGACGUGAAGCUUCCCCUCCAGCUCCAGAGGGCGAUGGCGGCCGAGGCUGAGGCCACCCGUGAGGCCAGAGCCAAGGUGAUCGCAGCAGAGGGGGAGAUGAACGCGUCGCGGGCGCUGAAGGAGGCCUCCCUGGUGAUCGCGGAGUCCCCCUCCGCCCUGCAGCUGCGCUACCUGCAGACGCUCAACACCAUCGCAGCAGAGAAGAACUCCACCAUCAUCUUCCCUCUGCCGCUGGAGAUGAUGCAAGGACUCAUCAAGCACUGAGGAUCCUGCAGAAAAAAAAACAAAACAACCACACACUCACCCAACAUGUGCCACUUAGCACUCUUAGCACCAGCAGUGCGUUCACAGCAGGCCGGUUUACCCAAAGAGUUUGUUUCAGUCGAGCAGAAUCUGGCAGCUCACUUCAGCUUGUUUUACAGAUCAACAAGGUUCUGCUUUAUUUUUCAAAGUAAAGUGCCUGCUGGAUGAGUGGCCUGCAUGCAGUCACACAUACACAGUAAAACACACACCUUUACUUAUCUCUGAGUAUGUGAGGUGUCAAAACAUCUCACAGCUGUGAUCAUAGUGCUGAAUUCUAUUAGUUUUAUUCCAUACAGCUGCAGAUACUUCAUCAGGAAUCCCUGAAACUUCA